AGCGCAGUGACUUCGCUGUGUGUCAGCGCAGUCGCCUCAUCCGCAAUUGCUGUCAAGGCUUAGCGAAAGUGUUGUUUACAUUCUUCGUUUAUUAAGUUUGAUAACAUAAUGGCUGUGUAUCAUGGUGAUACAAGAACCGAUUGGCCUAUGCUGUUUGCUGAAUUAAAACAGUACCAUGACGAAGCGUAUCGUGUGAUUGACACUGCUAUAAAACUGGAAGAGGAAAGAAAAAACAGAGAGGCAGUUGAAAGGUAUGAACAAGGUCUAAUCUUAAUAGAUAGAGCACUAAGUAUUCAGCUCGACUGUCCGCAGAAUCCAGACUUUUCUUGGGAAAAAGCAUGCAUGAUGAUGCAAAAAAUGAGGAAGACCAGGAAAGAAGUCUUGCACCGGAUUAGUGAUGCACAGGUCAGUGCAGCAGGGAGUGCAUCAUCUCAGCAGGCACCACCUUCUUAUGAAGAGGCAAUGUCGGCACCCAGUUCACCCGUUCCAGAGCCAUCUCAGAUUCAGACAUAUGAGGAUUUGGGAAAAGCCCUGCAGAGGUUAAAGCCUGAUAGCAGUAAGCUGUGUGAUGAGAUGCAUGGGGAGCUACUGUUCACAGUGGAUGGAGUUAGAAUUUACUUUAUCUCACCUGAUGGUUCUGUCACAUCUCCAUCAGACCCUGCAUCACUACAGAUUGUACAUGUGAAAGAUGCAGAAGGAGAGGUGCCAAGUUAUUACUUGCAGCUCGGCACAUGGAUUUAUCCAUUAAUACCUGGUGUUUCGCCAUGCUUUCGUACACAAUACGGGGCUUUGAUACUACCUGACUUGCAUUCUGAUGUUCCUGGUGCAGCUGUUGGACUGAUCCUACCUGAGAAUGCAGAUGAUUCAUUGCUUGAGCUCUUGGAUGACAUCCUACAAGGUGUCAUGCGCCAGGAGGCACCCCAGGCACUGCCUCGCAUGGCGAGAGCAGCACCAGCUCUGCCACCUGCACCAUAUAGCUAUAGUCAGAGAAUCUCAGGCGCUCUCAUCUCAGGUGCCAAGUAUGUGUCAAAUGGAUUAGUGUGGGGAGCAAGUAAGGCAGCAAACUUGAUAACACAGCGUGGGACACCUGCUCUGGUAUCACAUAUUCAGCCUGUAGCACAGCCACGACCAGUUAGUCCUAGCAUGACAAGGGGUGUCCAAUUUGCCAAAGAUGUUUCUGGAAAAGCUGUGCAGUUUACGGGAUUUGUAGCUAGCAAAGUCGGAACUGCAACUGUGGCUCUUGGAAGGUACCUUGCACCACAUGUUCGUGAACAAGGAACGAAGUUACUGACAAAAGUGUCUGGGUCAGGAGAGGAAGAAGCCAAGGCACGUAUGGAGGGAGUGCUGGAAGUGGCAGCUGGCGCAGUGCAAGGGAUUGGCACUGUGUAUGAAGGACUAGAACGUUCUGCAUCCAUAUUAGGCAGCAGCCUUGCUAACUCCACAGUGACAAUUGUGAAACACAGAUAUGGCAACUCUGCUGGUCAGGUCACAGGUGAAGCUCUGGAUGCUGUUGGAAAUGUCUGGGUAGCUGGUCGUGAUAUCAGACAUCUUUCACCUAAAGGGCUUGCAAAGGCAACAGCUAUUGGCGCCAGUAAAGGUGUUGUGGAAGCCACUGGGCAUUUGCCAGGACCAUCAAGUAAAGAGGAAUGAUUACUCUUCGGUAGUCUUCAAAUAAGUCAGUUAUUAUCAGAGAAUCAAAGACAUGCUGCUUACAAUUUGGCUUUCCUUCAUGUUGAAUGAUUUAAAAUUACUUUUUUCUUGGUUCACUUGAAGUGACUGCAAGGCAUUAAUAAUUUUGUAAUGGUGGACUUACUGUUGACAUUCUAUAGUUGUUGUUAUCAGACUUUACAGUGCACAGUUUGAUAAAUCUGCCUUGUAUGUACAUUUGUAUUGUUAUACUUUGAUUAUAAUAACUUUGUGAUUGACAUUAAGCAAGACAGUCGGCAAGGGCUGAGGUGUCAGUAAACUACAGUUCUUUCUAUGGUUCCACAUGCUCACUGUUUAGUAGGUAACUACAGAAUCCUGAUAAGUGAUCCAGAUUAUAUGAUGUGGAAGAGGGAGGAAUAGCAGGAAUAGCUGGCCAUUGAUAUCUGUCAAUCACUUAAGUCACUUUAUUGAAGCUGAACUGACGGCAAGGGGGGGGGGGGGUGUUAUAAAUUUCAUUCACUGAUAUUUCAUAAUUAUUUGAACUGUUUUCUCACACUGGAGUUAUAUUACGUUGUGGGUGGUCUUUAAACUGGUGUUGUACUAAGAAAUAUAAGGCACCUAAGCUAUGAUAAAUUACUUCUAAAUAUACACAGGUAAUAAAUUUCUAGGAUAUGGUCAGGGAAAUUACAUAAAUUUUUAGUAUUCCUUGUUUAAUAAGCACCGAGGAAAGAAGAGGUGCUGUUACUAUAUUUUUUCAAGUGGCAAAUUUCUAUGCUGUUCCUCCUCAUCGUUGUUUGAAUGUUCACUGUAUUGAGAAGAAACUGAAAGCAUUAAGUUGUGUUAAUUAUGAAAACUUUUUCCAGCUGUAUGUGAAAGGAAAGGCAGUGCACGGUAAUCCACCUUCUUUUUAUUUCUCAAUAUGUACUGCAAUUAUUACAGUGUGAUAGUAGCUAAUCUGUAAUAUUUUUACACCCUGUAGCUAUUUCAAUUCUCUUUAUUAUGCAGAAAAUAGUUUCUGU